AUGGUGCGCAAUAUCUUGCUCUUCUCGGGCUCCUCCCACCCGAACCUCACCGAAGGCAUAUGCACGCACCUGGGCAUUCCACCGGCCAAGAUCCACCUCUCCAAGUUCAGCGUCGGCGAGACACGUGUUGAGGUCGGCGAGAGCGUGCGCGGCAAGGACGUUUUCAUCGUCCAGUCGGCAUGCUCCACCAAGCAGAAUGGAAAUGGCGCGGGCAUGUCUCUCAACGAUGGCCUGAUGGAGCUGCUCAUCACGAUCAGCGCCUGCAAGACGGCGAGCGCCAGGAGAGUCACGGCAGUGCUCCCACUCUUCCCAUACUCGCGACAGAGCGACCUUCCCUACAAUAAGGUUGGCGCUCCUCUCGCGCGCAUGCCUGCAAAGACUGGUGAGGAUGGAAAAUACACAUUCGACUCGAGGCCCAGCACACCAGGCCCGAGCAGCCAUCCAAGAGACGAGAAGUUGGAGAAGAAGUUGAAUGGCAUGCACCUGAACGGAGAGCUCAAGAUGCCGAGGAGGAAAGAUACCCUGGAUAGUGUCCAGUCGGACGUCUCUGUCAGCUCAGCAUCGGGCUCUCAAAACGGUGCACCGUCGAGACCAACUCCCACUUCUGCGCCAAGCUCUACCACCCCGACGGCUGUCAUCCCACCAGAGUUCAAACCUCAGCGAGGCUACAAGCAGUGGGUUGCGCAAGCUGGAACACUCGUCGCAGAUCUCCUCACGUGCGCUGGCGCCGACCAUAUCAUUACUAUGGACCUGCACGACCCUCAGUAUCAGGGGUUCUUUGACAUUCCUGUCGACAAUCUGUACGGUAGACAUCUUCUGAAGCGGUACAUCACACACGAGAUUCUGCCGAAGGAAGGCGGCGCAGACAACUGCGUCAUUGUGAGCCCAGAUGCCGGAGGUGCAAAGCGAGCGACGAGCAUUGCAGACUCGUUGGGUAUAGAGUUUGCUCUAAUCCACAAGGAGCGUCGAAACCCGGCGCAUCAGUCGAACGUGGCCCAUCCAAGCAGUGCACUAUUGCUCGUGGGUCAAGUCAAGGGCAAGAUUUGCAUCUUGGUGGACGAUCUGGCGGACACGUCGAACACAAUCACCAGAGCCGCCAAGCUCCUGAAAAAAGAAGGAGCUGAGAAGGUUUACGCGCUGGUCACCCACGGUGUGCUCAGCGGGGAUGGAGUGGAUAGGAUCUUCCACUCAGUGUUGGACAAGGUUGUUGUAACCAACAGCGUCCCCCAAGACGACCACGUCCACCGCAUGGACGAACUCGCCGCACAACACGGCAGACCAGCCGGCAAGCUCGAGGUCCUCGAAGUCGCAGGCGUCUUUGCUGAAGCGAUCCGCCGCGUCCAUCACGGAGAGAGUAUCAGCGUCCUCUUCCAGUACGACUAG